AUGCCCAAAGUUACACCCAUUCCGAACGCACCUGCUGGUCUGGAGCUAGAGAUGAUUGCCGCAACAAAGCCACGACUGAUGUUUCCAUCAUCUUCCGCCCGAGUUUAUGAUCUUAAACCGUCAUCCGAAUACAGAAUUUAUCUGAGACUGGAUCGAUCGAGCUGUCGGUAUCAGCUGAAAGAACAACACUGGGUAUCGGAUCGAAUUCCUCAGCCAAAAGAGGCUGACGAAGGUAGAAUGAUCUUGAGUAAAUAUGGACAGCAGAAGGGAGAAUUCUUCAACGUAAAUGGAGUUUCAUUCGAAAAUGUUCGUUUAUCUUUUAACAAGAAACAAACGAAAAGUACGACGGAUACGAUUUACGUCCGAAAAUUCUUCAAGUACACCCAAACUAUCAUCGUGGAUGAACUUAUUCCAGGAGUAGGAAACCGACGGUUUCAGAUGUAUGAAGGUCAAGGUGGCAAAGAAUUUGUCGUAGUCAGUCAUUUCGAGAGUUCCCGUAUGAGCCAGUACUACGCAAUUGGGUUUGAAAACAUCCGUCGGUUCGGAAAGAAGAAGCAGAAAGUUGUGAAGAACACUCACACUUAUUCACCUGUUAUCCUGAUGAAUCAUCCAGCUGUCAGCGCGAAGAUCUGUUGUGAUUUCCGAUAUGAGGAUCCUGAUGACAUGCAACCAUUCACGUUACCAAGCGGCGAGACUCUCGUUCGGAAGUACGGAAGGUCCUAUUUCUACCCCGCUCCGCAGUCCAUCAGUUUGGCUGGUGUAUAG